AUGGCAGAAAACACGCGCAUUCAAGCAUCUGUUCGUGAAGCGGAAGAGCGCAUCAGUACCAAGAUGGAAGAGAAAUUCAUGGAACUUGCAACAUCGAUGCAGCGAACCUUGAUCCAGCACAUGCAAGAACUGUUUCAAAAACAUACACAAGAUAACUCACCACCUUCUCAUUCGGGCAGUUCCAUACGUGGCGGGGAAUCUUCUUAUUCUUGCAAUACAAGAUUGGCGCGUUUAGACUUUCCAAGAUUUAAUGGCGACGGGAUUAAACAAUGGUUAAUCCAGUGUGAGACUUUCUUUUCGGUUGACAACACACCUGAAGAUUAUAAGGUGAGGUUAGCAGUGGUACAUUUCGAAGGAAAGGCACUUCAAUGGCAUAGUGCAUAUGUGAAAACUGUAGGAUUAGAAAAUUUACCUUCUUGGCUGGAAUAUACACGAAUCUUGCUGGAUAGAUUUGGGGAAAUUUGUGAGGAUCCAAUGGCGGACUUAAUGAAGCUAAGACAAAAAAGUUCUAUUACGGAAUAUCAUGAAGAAUUCGAUUCGAUUGUGUCACACGUGGAAUUAUCUGAAGCACACCAAUUAAGCUGUUUCUUGGGAGGGUUAAAACAAGAUGUUCAAAUGAUGGUCAGAAUGUUCCAACCUGAUUCGGUAAGAAAAGUAUUUUCCCUUGCAAAAAUUUAUGAAGCUUCUACCUUAAGUAACCCUCAAUUCAAACCAAUUCUGAAAAACCAGAAACCACAAUUUUCUUCUAAGCCACCUAUUCUAUCCAAUCCAUCUAAACCUGCAGAAUCCACACCUAUGAAGGCCAAAACCUUUAGAAACCUGUCACCCGCAUAUAUGAGUGAGAAAAGAGCUAAAGGUCUAUGUUACUUUUGUGAUGAACCUUUUACCGCAGAACACGGAUUAACCCAUAAAAAACUCCAAAUUCAUGUCAUGGAAAUUGAUGAUGGUGAGUCAGUUGACACUAGUGAAGAUGUGGAUGUGGAGAACAGUCCAAAGGAUUUGAUUGAACCUCAGAUCUCUGUACAUGCCCUGACUGGUUGCUUGAUACAACAAAUGGAAACUAUGAAUGUUAUUGUGGUUGAUGGUACUAAAGUCAGAAUUUCUUCAAUGGUCAAGAACUUUGGUUGGACUAUUCAGAAUACUAAUUUUUCUUCUGACAUGAUGUUACUACCUUUAGGUUGUUAUGACCUGGUCUUGGGAAUCGAGUGGCUGGUUACAUUGGGAGAUAUAGUUUGGAAUUUUGACAAACUUUUUAUGGAAUUUUCUGAUAGUGGCAGGAAGCAUGUGCUGCGAGGUGCUUCUUCUACCAAUAUUAAAACUAUAAGGAAACAACAGGUGACUAAAGCUCUUAAAGAAGGUGUUCAUUUGUCUGUCUUACAGGUAGGUGAUGCUUCUGAAGGGUUGUUGCAUUCUUUAACAACUCAUGCUGACCAACCUGAAAUACCAAGAGCAAUAGAUGAACUGCUAAGUCAGUUUGUGGAUAUAUUUGAUGAACAAACCAGCUUACCUCCAAAGAGAUUAGGAUAUGAUCACAAGAUUCCCUUAAUGCAGGGCUCUAAUCCAGUGAACAAAGGGCCUUACAGAUAUGCGAAACAACAGAAAGAUGAAAUUGAUAGAUUGGUGAGAGAGUCACUCAAGUCAGGUAUCAUUCAGCCUAGUAAUAGUCCUUAUGCAAGUCCUGUUGUUUUGGUGGGUAAGAAAGAUGGUUCUUGGCGAAUAUGUGUAGAAUCCGGUUACAAUCAGGUGAGGAUGGAUCCUAUUGAUAUCCAUAAAACUGCUUUUAAAACCCCUAGUGGCCAUUUUGAGUAUUUGGUAGGGCCUUUUGGCCUCACCAAUGCUCUUGCCACUUUUCAGGGAUUGAUGAAUGAGCAAGUUUUGACAACCAUGAGAGAACACUCAUUGUUUGCCAAGAGGUCUAAAUGCUAUUUUGGAGUUACAAGGGUAGAAUACUUGGGACAUUAUAUAUCUCGAGAGGGGGUAGCCACUGACCCAAGCAAAAUUGUAGCAAUCCAAAAUUGGCCACUGCCUCAAUCCAUUAAACAACUGAGAGGUUUUUUGGGUUUAUCAGGCUAUUACAGAAGGUUUGUUAAGGGAUAUGGAAGUACAGCUAAACCAUUAACCAAUAUGUUAAAGAAAGAAGGGUUUUGUUGGUCUUCAGAAGCAAAGGAGGCAUUUCAAUCCUUAAAAACAAAACUGGUACAGGCACGAGUUUUAGCAUUGCCAGAUUUUACCAAAACCUUUGUGGUGGAGGUAGAUGCUUCGGGGUUUGGAAUUGGAGCUGUGCUAAUGCAGGAGAUGCACCCAAUAGCUUUCAUAAGUAGAGUCCUGAGUCAAUAA